AUGGUUUCUCCAACGGCCACUGGUACCCUGUUUAUCCUCCUCGGCCAGACCUGGGGUUUCAAAUUACGCAAGUUUAGACUAAAAACCCGAGAGAUACCACAAGAACACUCACAUGACCUCUUUCUCACAAUAACACAAGAAGCACUACUGAGAGAUAACCCAAAGAACAUAACGGAUGCCGUCUUUGGGUUAGUUGGCAUCCAGUCGGCUAGAUUCGGGGCAGGCACCGUCAAGAACCUCGACUGUCUAAAGCAGGAGAUUGCAGACCAAGCAUUUACAAACGGCAAAGCGAUAAAGGAUCUACGACUCAUGGCAGGGGCUUUAGUAUACCAAGCAUUAGAAGUGAAUACCAUUCGAGUCGGAUUAGCGAGCGCAUCAUGUACCGACAAGGCGAGGAAUCCACAGGUAGGAGCCAUAUCACAGCAUCAAGAUCCAGCAUCACCUAAUGCUGCGAAUAUUAAUAAAGCUGUCACGCUGGAGUUAGCCAGACAACUAAAGGGUAUUGGGGCGGAUCCUAAUCUUGCUUUGCUCAGCGGCACCUUUGCCCCUGGUGAUUUGAAUGAUUCGACUUUAAAGGGCAAUUCGUGCAACACUAAGGAUCUACAGUUCGGAUGCAUAUUCAGAUUGAAGAAACUCGUUCUUGACGUCACUCAGUCAGAUAUUGCGGCGGCAGUCGCAACCAUACCGCAGACCUUCACAGGGACAGGAGGCAUACGGGCCACGGAUCUGGUUGAUUUGAAUUCCUUUUCUACGCAAAACGCACCACAAAGAGACAAUGGGUCUUCUACGACAAGAACCACUCAGGGGUUAUCAACGGCGGCUAUAGUUAGCAUAGCGGUGGCGAGCCCCAUUGUCGUGGGGGUGUUGAUAAUAGUUUGGUUUCUGUGGAAGCGUCGCCAAAAAGGACGACCGGCGGCGGAAAUGUCAGAAGGGAGUGGAAGUGUUUAUGAGAAGCCUGGAACAACGGCAGGCAUCGAAAUGGAUGCUGUUGAUACUGCUAUUGCGGAGUUACCGGCGACGAGCAUUGCCGAGGCUCCUGAUCAGGACUAUCAGAGCAGCGAGACUGAUGUUUCGCCUCUAUCGAUUGGGAAGAGUGAACAAUAUCCUCGCGUGUUUCUUUACCCUCAUCCUGGAAGACCUCUUAGCUACAUUUCUGGAUCUGUGGACCACAUAGACGUGGGUAGAAGGCGGGAGUCGGAUGCUGAGCACUUUGCCAAUACUAAAGCUCAAAACAGGAGAUGGGCAGUCUAUGAGAAAUCGAGGGAAUAUUUGUAG